GCUGGACUGAAUCAUGAACACACUGCUCCGUCCCUCAUCGGCAGCAAUCCAUCGGCAUGGACGCCCCUUGUGGCCGUACCUGGGGCUGCUAUUUGCUUGACUAUCACCGGGACCUGCAUCCUAAGGUCUCUUAGACAACUUCCUCUUUAGUUCUCGUCCCGAACCGAGCCAUCAAUCAUACUUCGCUGCGUCCACAGCUACACUGAGACCCCUGCGACGAGACUCAGCUGUGACCUCAAGGCUAAAGAUCAAUAAGGCUCUCAGCGAAUAAGGUGCACUGAUCAUCUGGCGUGCUGAACAGUUUCUACUGCUCCUAGAAAUCAUGCGGAGUAAUGCGAUCUGCACCGGCUUCUAGCGCAUGAUGAUCUUCGAAGCUUGUCUCGCAGGCGGAUUGGCCUCCUAUUACAGUUAUGUCGUUGGUUGUAUAAAGUCUUCUUCGGAUCCUGGUAGUUUGUUCGCGAUGUAGCAGUGGCACCUCAUCCUCAGUCAACAUGGUUCUCCAGGCUCUCGUUGUUGUUUCUGCCAUCCUAUCGCUCGCGUCAGCUUCUCCAGUCAAGCGAAAAGAUGCUAUUCCACAGUUUGUUCUGGACUAUGCUCCGCUCGUCUAUCUCCAUUCGCAAGAUCCAUACAGACCGUCGGAUCUGAUGGAUACGAUCAGAAAUACGAAGCCAGAAGUCAACUUCUCUGUGGUCAAUUCCGGGCCGCUCGACCUGAACAAUCUUGAUACGCUCAACAACCUGGGUGGAGAGAACGUUUACCUGACAUCCAACGAAGAUGUCACCAAGAAUCCCACAUGGUUGAACGGUAUCACGCCCAACGCAAACGGCGAGACCGAGAACGGCAAGACCAGUGUGAUUCUCACCAUCGACCGCGGCAACAACCAGCUCGACGCAUAUUACUUCUACUACUAUGCGUUCAACUGGGGUGGUCUCGUGCUUGGCCAUCUCAACCUGGGGAACCACGUUGGUGACUGGGAACACAACAUGAUCCGCUUCCAAGACGGCAAGCCCACGCAGGUGUGGUACUCGCAGCACGCCUCCGGCCAAGCAUUUACCUGGGAUGCGCUCAGCAAAGAGGGUCAACGCAUCCUCGCAUUCUCUGGCAACGGUUCGCAUGCCGUGUACUCUCGCGAAGGUGAAUCGGCACAUACCAUCCCCGGGACUAGCUUCCCAUGGCAAGGCGUCCUGACAGACUACACGGACAAAGGUCCAAAGUGGGAUCCCACCAAGGCAGCGUAUUUCUACAAAUACGAUCUUGCCUCGCAAGUGUUCACACCAUACGAAUCGUCUUCGCCGGUGGCGUAUCUCAACUACAAUGGCAGAUGGGGCGAUCAGGAAUAUCCUGAAGACGAUCCUCGACAAUUCAAUCUUUUUGGGAACCCACGAUAUAGUAGUGGUCCCAAUGGGCCGAAAUUCAAGAGCCUCGACAGGAAGAAGAUCUGCCCAGGGGAUCCAUGUAUCGUCAUGCCGUUCAUUGCGAAGCGGGAUUUCGAGGAGCGUUGAGCCGGUGCAGCCAGGUUUGCGCACACCUUUUUGUGAUGAUGGAUGAUUUCUGGUACAUACUAUUUUAGAUUGAGCGUUUGGGCGGCUUUUCAUGUGAUAUUGAUGCAUCUAAAGAUUUACUUUGUAUAUAGUUCGAAGAGCGAAAAAUAACAAUGGCAGAUAGAAACUUCUGCAUAUCUAUCCCUUUAGACAU